UUAAUUUCGACCUAUUUUUUCAGGUCAAAGUGUAAGGUUAGCUUGAGGUCAGCUUGGUUCUCUCUACCUGUUUAUUCUUCUACCUCUGCUGAAAGAUGACCGGAGUACAGCCGACUAUACCUGGAGUCACCUAGGGAAGGGGAUGGGGAAAGUAUGUCUGUUCCACAUAGAACUGUUUACAAAACAAGCUGCGCUUCCGAACUGACCAGCCUGGCGGUCCUGCCCCCUGCCGACUGCAACACAGACGGUCAACACACGACUGACCGGCACACAACUGGUCGGCAUACGAACGGUCGGUACACCAACCGUCCGGUCCGGUUGUUUACACAGUCUCUACUAUUCAAAUACAUUCUAGUCAUUCUGGCCUGCCUUGUCAAAGUGUGGGCGUACAGUGAACAUGAUCCUGAGCAUAUAACCGCCAUCUUGGGUCAGGAAGUACACUUCAACUGCCACGCGCAUUUCCCGGGUGAUAUUCCAGUUCCAUACGUAGUAACCUGGUCAAAGAAAGGUAUUGAGCUGCCUAUAUUUAUCUGGUAUGACGACUAUCCAACCCACUGUUCCCAAGAGUUUAGAGAUAAACCAACUAACUCCUGCAGGGCCGCCAGGAUAGAUUCAGGGAACUCUGCUGGGUUGGGAGUUGCGAGCUUAAACCUAACUAACAUCCAGGAGACCUCCUGUUUCACAACUAUUAUAUCUGUCCACGUUGUGUUUCUCAACCGGCCACCAGAAGAGGAGAGUAGAGAGAAUGGUACAUGGUACCACCUGUCUGUACAUGCUGCUCCUCACUUUGUACAAGUACCCAAGGAUAUAAACUACGUAAAUAUUGGAGAUUCCAUCAUUCUAGGCUGCCAGGCUGAAGGUACACCUGACCCUGAACUGUUCUGGUUAAAGUAUGAUGCCCCUGUACAACAAUCAAAUACUGUGGCUGUUAUCAAUGAUGGAACAGAACUCAGAAUAAACAGCAUCAGGAGCAAAGAUCUGGCGGAUUAUACCUGCGUGGCUAGAAAUGGAGAGGGAAGAAUUCAUCAUAAUACGAAGGUCGUCAUUGCAGGUAAACUAUCCAGUAUCAAUUCUAUCCAUCCUAUCCAUCCUAACCAUUCUAUCCAUCCUAUCCAUCCUAUCCAAUUUACAUUCCUUCAUUCCUUGAAUAAAGAAGGGUUUCUUCCAGAAGAUUCUUUUCACAAAUGGAACCUGAGUACACAGUGGUACAAGGAGGACAUACUCAUACAUAGGGUUCCCAGCCUAGUAGAUAGAACCCAGAUAACACAGGGAUCAUACAUUGUCAUAUAGAGUCGAACCCUCCCUUUACAUUCAUCACUUGGUCAAAGGAUAAACGAAUCUUUGAUCCUUUUGAGAUGGAGGGGAUUCAAUCUCUUACCAACGGAUCCCUACACAUUAAUAAGGUUACCAACAGCCACGCAGGAGAAUAUACAUGUACACCGUACAAUCAGCACGGUACAGCCGGUACAUCAGGCAUUAUGCAGGUCCAUGUUAGGGAGCCUCCGCAGAUUCAAGUUAAACCUCAGGAUUCAUAUAAUCUCAACGUAGGAAACUCGGUGACUCUGUCCUGCAGUGCUAGUGGUAUACCUACACCGACUAUACAAUGGGUCAGAGCAGAUGGACAUCCUUUACCUAAGGGCCGGCACGAGGUGAGCAACGGUAUCCUCAAGAUAAAAAGUUUGAUGAAGAAGGAUCAUGGAGUUUAUAAAUGCUUGGUCACGAAUGAGGUAGCAACCCUAUCUGUUGAGAGUACACUAUACGUGGAGCGCACCACACCACAUGCACCACAAAAUGUUACAGUCACUAAGAAGGGGAACCAUGACAACUUGAGUCGCGUCUCAAAUUCUUUAAAUUCGGCCUCUGGAGAAGAAAGGUACAAGGAGAAGGAUUCCCGUACACCAAACUGGAUUGAGCUUCCUGUUCAUCCUCCUGAAGCUAGAAGAGUUCAAAUACAUAAUCUCAGUCAAGGGACUAUUUAUGAAUUUCAGGUUAUUGGUAUGAAUGAAUAUGGAGAUGGCAUGUUUUCCCAGAUUGUCGAGGCGAAAACUAAAGAUGGGUAUCUAGUUGACAUCAGAACCCAUCCUAUGCCAUCUGCAUAUCCGUCCGAACAAUCCACUGCUCCUGGAAGAAACUGUAUUCCCGCGCCUGCAACCAGGAAACUUCUAGCUAACACCGAUUGUAUUGAGUUAAACCUGAACAUUACACCGUUCAAAGGAAUGCCGCCCCUUCAGAGUAUUGAUAGUAAGAAAAACAUCAAAGAGAACAGUUUUGGAGCAAAGUUGUUCUCUAUUGACGUUAUAACUGGUUCUACUGUUAUACCGGUUAUACCGCAUGUACAAGAUUACCGUGAACUUCCCUUUAAUGUCAUAAAUAUUUGUAGUUGGGAGAACCCUGUUGGUCAGGGAAGAGACUCUAUUCUCUACUACACUAUAGAGAAGAAGGAAGACUCCCAAACUGCAACCUGGGAUCUACUCACAGAUCAUAAAAUUGAACCCGAGGAAGCAUCUUACCUAAUUAAGAAUAUGGGAACAGCUAAAGGAUAUAUGUUUCGAGUAUUCUCACACUCAGCUACAUCGUUCACGCCUAGUGAUGAGUUCAAAUACCCGAUGCCACCAAACAUCAAAAAGAGGGCUAUAACAGCAGGACUGAUAGGUGGAGUACUGUUUUUCAUUGUCGCCAUUAUAGUGUCUGUUUGUACCGUCAAAAUUUGCAAUAGGAGAAAACGACGGAAGCAAGAGGAAGCACUGAAAGAGGCCGCAUUGGCUGGCACUGCUGCAGGAACAAGUAAGUUAUUUAAAACAAUAAAAUAUUUACAUCCGCAUAUUAUUGCUGUUUUAGCUCAUCUUGGUGGUUCAGAUACUAUUGCUGUUUUAACUCAUCUUGGUGGUUCAGAUAUUAUUGCUGUUUUAGCUCAUCUUGGUGGUUCAGAUAUUAUUGCUGUUUUAACUCAUCUUGCUGAUAUUAUUACUGUUUUAGCUCAUCUUGCUGGUUCAGAUAUUAUUACUGUUUUAGCACAUCUUGGUGGUUCAGAUAUUAUUACUGUUUUAACUCAUCUUGGUGGUUCAGAUAUUAUUACUGUCUUAACUCAUCUUGCUGCACCAGCCUCAAGCAAUACUAUAACUAAACUAGCACCAGCCUCAAGCAAUACUCAUACUAAACUAGCUUCAACUUUAAGCAAUACUCAUACUGAACUAGCUUCAAUUUCUAGCAAUAAUCAUACCAAACUAGCUUCAACUUCAAGCAAUACUCAUACUAAACUAGCACCAGCCUCAAGCAAUGCUCAUACUAAACUAGCACCAGCCUCAAGCAAUACUCAUACUAAACUAGCACCAGCCUCAAGAAAUACUCAUACCAAACUAGCUUCAACUUCAAGCAAUACUCAUACUAAACUAGCACAAACCUCAAGCAAUGCUCAUACUAAACUAGCACCAGCCUCAAGCAAUACAAUAACUAAACUAGCAUUAGCCUCAAGCAAUACUCAUACUAAACUAGCACCAGCCUCAAGCAAUACUCAUACCAAACCCCCAACCUCAAGCAAUGCUCAGUUAGUUCAAACUAAUUCCUUCUUUCCUUUCAGACUUCAACAAGGCAGAGUUUCAACUGUAGGAGCUACCGCAGUUAAACAUGGUCUUAUAUCCAUGUUCGAUUGUGUCACUGACUGUGUGCUUACAGUGGAGAAUGGGUUGGCGGGAAAUGUACAGAAAACUGAUUCCAAGGACAAAACAGACGGUGAGAAACGUAAACAAAAACCCAGAUAUUCAAUUCGUCUGGAGUAUAGUGCUCCUGGGACUAACCGUCUCAAUAGAACGAAUUCAGUUUGUGAUGAAGGAGGCUUUGAUCUCAAGUUACCUCCAAAUAGAUUUAGAACAAGAAGUAUUGCAAUAGUGGCAGGUUACAGUCCGGAGAGGGUUUAUAGUAAUAUGCCACCCGGAGCAUUUGUGGUUGAGAGUGGGGUUUAUAAAGUGGGAGCGGAUCGGGAUUAUGUAAAAUCUGAACCAAUCUAUUGGAAACAAGUUGUUUAUGGUUCCAGGGCUGGAAGUGAUGGGUCUGGGACGUAUCCUAGGACUGGAGCUAAUGUUCAGGUUCUUCAUGGACCUAGACUAGUUGCUAAUCCAGAUCUAGAACUACAAGGUGGACCCUCUCUAAGAGCUAGUUCACCCUUGGACCAGGGCAAACCUUUAGUAAACUGGUUAAGUCCUUUGAACAAUUAUAGUGAUAUUAGUUCCGUUCCUCAUCCUAGCUCUGCAGAGAGAAGCUUCCCUUCAACCCUGCUCACUAACCCUCUCUCCAGUAUCUCCAGUCCUAACUUCUCCCUGGAGCAGGGUAGCUCCAGGUCAAGAGGUAGGAUAGGAUCCUCUCUUCACACAAUACCUGAGGAUUCAAGACUCAGUGUAACCGCAGAUAUUCAUCACAGCGGUCAGUACUCUAACCUGUCCGAGUAUACUACUGGAGAAACUCCUAGAUCUAGUCAUAUCAGUUAUAGAAGUUCUAAUUUAGACCUGGGCUCUCAUCCCUUCGGGGAAUGGUCUCUUGCAAGAGAUAUUUCCUUCCCUGGACAUCAGAUUGGACUAAAUUACAAUUAUCUGUAUACAUCAGACUAUCUGAACUAUAAUUAUCCUGCUCCUGUCCACCGAGCUAUAUCCCCUUCAACCCAAUAUCCUGCAUCUCAUAUUCAACCCCCGAAAAUCCCAGAUAUCCGGGUGGGCCAGGUUGAUCCCAUGGAGUUUGACAUUUAUCAAAGAAUUGCCAAGUUAGACCCUGAGAAUACUAAUUCAGGUGAGAAUAUUCGUCCUCUCGCAACCUCUAGUCCUCCAGGGAAACGAAAACGAGAGGAUGAAAGCUCCGAGGAUGAGAAGAAUAAUCCUAGAUAUCCGGCCCCCCCAGACACCCGGAUUACCGGACAAAGCCGGGCUGGUCCCCAGGCUCCAUAUCAAAGACGGGUAUCAAGAUCCAGCCAAAGACUGCGGGACCGGGAAUCCAGGUUGCAAACACUACGUGAGCUGAGUGAGAAUGAGACAAGUAGUAAAGGAGAUGAUGAGAGGAGGGAGUAUGACCUGGUGAGUGUAGUGAGUGAAGGAUUGGAUGCAGAGGUAACAGCGAUUACAUCUUCCUCUUCUCCGGAGAGUUCUGGUACCAACACUCUCCAGCAGGAACGUGCCUCUAGCUCCAGUGGUAUUGCGAGUAAAAAUACGUCUUCCUCUCAGAACCAAACCUCAUCUUCUCAUUCCACAUCAGGGUCUCUAUCCAUACAACAAACUUCUCUCAAUCAAUCUUCCUACCUAGAACUUUCAAAAAGAGCCAUUCUAGAAGACAAGGAACUUGAUUCAGAUAAAAUGCCCUUCUAUGAGAACUGGCCACCCCGACCCUAUCAAUUUGGUCCAUCAGUCAAGUUGAAACCUCCUGAGUAUAUAACCUACGAUAUUGAUGAAGUAUCCCUCUCCUCCCAUCCUACAUCUGGAAUACCUCCUCUCACACCACACUCAGGCAAAUAUUAUGCCCGGGCAGGAUACACAGUUACGGGAUCUUCUCCAAAUACGAGCAGUGAAGGCCCACCCUCUAGAAGCUCCCGCCCUAAUUCUUCCCAGUCCGCUCCUUUAGACCGGUCCGUUGACCGGCACUAUGAGUGGGACUCGGUCACGACUGAUGAUAGUAAACUAGCCCCGCUGCCGGUAGAAUGGACUAUUCGCCGAUCCCCGCACUACAACCCACGCAGGGACCGGGACAUCGGACCUAUGGUUCAGAACAAUCGUGAUAGAGUAUUCUCCGACUCGGAGAUCUACUCCAAUGUUUUCCCUAGGAGACGUCUGCAAAUAGAUGUUGACGCCCGGGUUCGGGCAAUGAAGAAAGAGUUUAAUGAAUACAGAAAGACUCUGAACUCUUCUCCACUAGAUCCAGACCGACUGGAAAGUUUAAUAUAAUGUAAUAACUAGAAUUUUUACCAGUAUUUAUCCUAUAUAAGUGCUGUAGUGCAAUGACACCUGUUGGUGUACUAGCACAUGUACAGUCUGUAAAUUGUGUCUCAGCGUUCUCAGCUGGAAAAACCAAGUUCGUUCUCACGAGUAGUAUGAUUGAGAAAACAGAUCUAAAAUCCCUUAAAUAGACUAAUAUCUAUCCAAUAUAUCUUCAAGUUCUUGUAGAAUCAACAAUUCUCUAAUAUUUUCUGUUUAAAUUUCUCAAGUAUUUUGUGAUAAAACAUUCUGAUACAUUUCGAUAUUGCUCUGCCACUAGCGGAUUUUGUACUCACAAAGAUCUCAUUAAUGCACAAAAAUACAAAAUU